ACGCGCACAAGUCCAGAGCUAGAGUGUACCGCUGAUCACUAAAGCGUCUACUAUCUUGUAGGAAGUACCCUAUCUUGAAACCAACCCAUUUUGAUGCGAUCGACGAUUCAAGAAGUCAACAAAAUGUCAGGUCAAACCAUAACUAAUGCUUCUACCAUCAAUCUUAGCAGUGGUAAUAUUUUAAACUGGAAUAGUCUGAAGAGAAAAGUGCCAAAGUCUUCAACAGAAGAGAUCAAAUUCUGUUUAAGACAGACACUGAAAUGCUGUUUAGAUCAAACCUGCGACCAGUCUUGCUCACUUCAACAAGACGUAAUCACACUGACUCAUCCACAGAACACUUCGUCUCAAAGGAAUGUUACAAGAGAGGAAAUCAAAGUUACAGUCAAACUUUUGAUAACAAAGACUGAUGUGGAGGAGAUUACAGAAGCACUAGAAAGAGUGCUGAAGGAGCUUGAAAUCGAUAAGAUAGAUGUCCUCCUGCUCGCCCUCUCAAAGACACCCAAUGUGAUAGAAGAUAGUUUGACCUUUGAGCAUCUGAAACCCUUGUGGAGUGAGCUGGAAGACGAGGUCCGCAAAGGCAGGAUAGUUAAUCUUGGUAUAUGUGAUGCCGAUAAGACUAUGCUUGAGGAGUUGUACGAAUGGGCAACGGUGAAGCCUAUCAUUGACCAGCUGAACCAGGAUACAUGCUGUGUGAUUCCUCAAGAUCUCAAAGAAUAUGCCAAGGCUAACAAAAUCCAGUUAUUGACUCACAACGACAAGAGUGACCUGCUUCCACCGGAGGAAUUCCAGGGGGUCCUUGCAGAGUUCUUUCCAGGGGCAGACUCGGAGCGCUGGUACCCGGCAUGGACCUUGCGCUUCACUGUCCUCAUCCGUUGCAGGGGGGUCAUCACCACCAAAGGCUACAUCCUCAAGGCGCUCAAGGAUCGCGACUGACAACCUUGAUGUCGUUCAAGGCGCAUUCAGGGUCUGUAACACAAAACUAGGUGAUCGUGGGACUUUUACAAUUGAAUGAAUUAGUAGUUGAAUAAUGAAAAAUGUGAGCCAGUAUUUGAAGCAAUCAUUCUGUUUCAACUUCCAGUUCUUGGAAUGGCUGUUUCAAUUUACUUCUUAGAUUUUGCAAAGAAUUAAUUUUAUAACUUAAAAACUAUGCAAAGAUACAAGUUGUUCUUAGGAAGACCAAUCUCAAUACCUGAAUUCUUUAAUAUACGCAGGGAUUGGGAUUUUAAGUACGCGCUAGUGAAAAUCUGAGAUAAUUCUUAUUGAGAGCGAUACCAACAACAUCUGACCAUUCAUUGACCUAGUCAUAUGAAUUUUUUCUCCAGGAAAGAACAUGUUUUUCAAAUCUCUGUUUUUAGUCUACCCGAUGCCUUUCAAUAAUCUGUUUUAACAUUGGUUUCAUGGUUCAUAAGUAAAUAUGAAUCUAUCCAAAUAGAAUUAUUUAUCUUACCUUGAACACAUAAAAAAAUGAUAACUUUCCCUAAUAAAAUCUAGAUGUAAGAAUGUGUAUAUGAAGUAUACAUUGAUUUGCUUCUUUUUUUUCCAAUUCAAAGUAAUUUCAGAUACAAUUUGAUAAUUCGUAUUACUGUAAUAUAGUUGUUUUGUUGAUAUUGAACGCUUUGACGCCAGGCACUCCAUAGUAAUGUCAUUCAUAAGAUCAUGUAGCACUUCAUGAAGUUAAUUGAUGAAGAUGGAGUUUGAUUCAAUUUUAAAUUCAAGAUACUAUAUGCCAUAGAUCUUAUUGUUAUUAUUAUAAGCUAUGUAGAUAAGAUUUAUUGAUAUUACAGGAGUAGCUUUUAUGCACAUGACACUCCAUAGUGAUGUCAUUCAUGAAAUCAUUUGGAACUUUAUGAACAGCUUUGUGAAAUACAUGCUGAGGUGAUCGAUUUUCCUAAUUAUGCCAUAAUCAAGCAUUUUAAAUUAUGUUGAUGUAAGCAUUUAGUUCAUGUAACACUUGAUAUACUUCAGGUAAAUAUCAUCAUUGAUUGUAUUCAAAGUGAUUUUAGAGGCUUCAAAUUACAUGAAUGAUAUAAGGAUGUAGUGUGAUUUCUUAAAAUCAAAAGCCCAUAUGCUUGUUUCGAUAUGAAUAAGCCAGUUCGUAGUUCCUUUCUGCGCAUGAUCAAAAGAUUCUACGCAUGAUCAGAGGAAGGUCAUUUGUACUAAAGUGACAUGGUGGUUUAAAAUCUAACGAGAUAAGCACCAACUUUGAUGUCUUGAUUAUUCAUAUAUUCUUUUGAAUUGUUGUUUUCAUUUACAUCCACAAAAAACAACAAUGCGUACACGAACGACUGGUAUUUCACAGUUUGCCAAGUACAUUAUGCAACAUGCUAUGAUAUGCAUUCAAAGUAGGAAUGCGACAAAUACCUUCAUAAAGUGUUCAUUGGUGUGCUAUUCUAGUCACCUGGUCUAUUCAGUUUAUUCAUCCUGCUUAGUGCUAUGUAAGGCAAGCUUACGUAAUAUCUUGCUUUGAAAUCUGCCUAACAUAAUGAAAGUUUUAAAAGGUCAUUUGACCAAAAUUGUCCAUGAAGUAACUACGAACUUGUCUAUUGACAAAGGUCAGCAAGACUUUCCAUAUUGUACAGAUAUGGAAUGACAAAUACAAGGUGCAAGACAAUUCUAUUAGUCCAUGAAUGCAGGCAUAAUAGAGACAUGUUGGUUCCAUUGACUUUCAAAUACAUAUACACAAGGGAUAGAAUAUACAAUAUAUCGAAUAAGUCAAUAUAAGGUCGCACCAAUAAAUGCACACUAUAUGCUUCAAGUCUCGGAGUAAUCAAAAGUGGAACAGAGCCAUGGCAUAAUGAUUCCAUUGCAUUGUGAUGUCAUAACGAUUUCAUUAUUACAUCUUGAGUCAUGAGGCUUUUAUUUUUUAAUUAUCCUAGUUUGAAUUGUUUGUCACUUCUAUUUGGAGACAAGCUUUUAGGGGGAAACAAAUGAAGUCGGUCAAUGGGGAAUGUAUAUUGAUGUGUAAAUACAGUCGUGCAGCUGACAUUAGUGUUAUGUGCCUGGUAGAAUUUCUUUUUUAUUUUUACUGAUUAAUAAAUCAAACAAGAUGAAAAGAAAGGAAGAUUGUUGAAGUUUAUGUGUACCCUUGGAUAAUAAUAUUUGACAAAUGUAAACAAAGCAUUCAAAUUUCAAGGAAGAUUUUGUCGAAUGGAUGUAAAAUUAUAUAAAGUGCAAUUUUCGUAGAUCUAAUGGGGUGCAUACCCUGGCCUCAUAGGCCCGUAUUCUGAAGUCGGGUUUAACUUAAACUCAGGUUUAAAGUUGUGGUUUAAGUAUGGACAGCCGAUUGUUACAUAAAUCACUAACGGUAGAGAUAUCAUAUUUCAGCUCAUUUGGCUCUCAAAUCAUUCAUAAUUGUCUAGGAAGUAUUAUAUAGAUUAUUGUCUUCACCAUCGAUGUAUCAGGAAAGAGCACAGUAAACAUAAGAAACGUACAACUUAAUAAAAAAUUUGCUACUUUUGGCUUCCCAUACUUAAACCACAACUUUAAACCUGAGUCUAAGUUAAACCUGACUUCAGAAUACGGGCCAUACUGUCAUUGUAAAAAAAAAAGGUAUUCAUUAGAUGGCAAUUUCUGGUCACAUUUGCAUUUUCAUAUAACACUGUAUGCCUGUAAUAACACUCCUUUAUGGUGAUUAAGUGGACGAAGGAAUUAUUCUGCAGGUUUGUCUUCUGAAAUUGGGGACUUUUCCUCUGAUUCUGAUACGUGUAGUAAUUAUUGUACAGUACAUCGGUGUAUAGGUUUUUGUACAAAUUCUUUUCCAAAUUUAGUGUGGCAGAUCAAGAUAUAUACCAUGUGUCAACGUACAUGCAAAGCAUCAAUUAUAUUAAAUUGUAUGUUUACAGAAUA